AUGAGGAAAGCUGUCGAUGGAGGAAAGGAAUGCAGAUAUGCAGCAGUUGAUGUCGAAGUACAAGUGCAACGUCAGGGUACAGAAGGUGGUAGUAAGCUGAACAAGGUUAUAUUCGUGCAGUACUGUCCGGAUGAGGCACCAGUACGUCGUCGAAUGCUCUACGCUUCGUCAGUUCGUGCCCUGAAAUCGACGCUUGGUCUCGAAUCGCUGAUGCAGGUUCAAGCAUCGGAUCUCUCCGACCUGGAUGAAAAAGCCAUCAAGCACGAUCUGGUCAGUAGUCAGAGAACCUAA